CAGCAUCCCUCCUCCUGCGCUCCUCACGCGCUGCGCCGCGACGGUGAAGGCUCCUCGCAGCCCCAUGGAGUAGUAGAAGUAGUAGUGUGGCCAAGAGGAGGUGUCUGCUCGGCUUCUGCACAUCCUCUUUUCGUGUUCGUUUUUUUUUUUUUUUUUUUUUUGUUGGAACUAUCGAAUGGGAAUCUCCUUCCUCACUGUGGAGCAGCGCUUCUUCCCACCGCGAGUGAGCUGCUGAGAAUCCUGAGAGCACACUUCUCCCGACAGGAGACAAGAUGGCGACCAACAACACCUUGCGCAGCUACUCCAUCAUUCCGUGUUUCAUCUUUGUGGAGCUCGUCAUCAUGUCUUGCACGGCCCUGUUGGCCUACUAUAUGGAGUGCACGGACCUGUUCGGCGUGCACGUGCAAGGCUUCUUCUGUAACGACGCUGAGCUGAUGAAGCCGUAUCCCGGCACGGAGGAGUCCAGCUUCGUCCCUCCCCUCGUCCUUUACUGCGUGGUGGCAGCUGCUCCCACCGUUGUAAUCUUCAUUGGAGAAGUUUCCAUGUAUGUGAUGAAGUCAACACGGGAAGCUCUUCUGGCCCAGGAGAAAACAAUCGUGACAGGAGACUGUUGUUACCUCAACCCCCUUAUCCGUCGCGUCAUACGCUUCAUAGGUGUGUUUGCAUUUGGUCUGUUUGCCACAGACAUCUUCGUUAACGCGGGCCAGGUGGUGACUGGAGGCCUCUCACCUUACUUUCUGUCAGUCUGCAAGCCCAACUACACAGGCACCGAAUGCCGCUUCAAUCACCAGUUCAUAGUCAACGGCAACAUUUGCACCGGGAACCCCUUUGUUGUGGAGAACGCACGCCGAUCGUUUCCGUCCAAGGACGCUUCGCUGAGUGUUUACUCUGCGGUCUAUCUGACGAUGUACAUCACUAGCACAAUCAAGACCAAGUCCAGUCGUCUGGCCAAACCUGUGCUCUGUUUGGGCACGCUGUGUACAGCCUUCCUCACUGGCCUCAAUCGGGUCUCGGAGUAUCGGAACCACUGCUCAGAUGUGGUGGCCGGAUUUAUACUGGGAUCGGCCAUUGCUUUGUUUCUGGGCAUUUGUGUUGUGAACAACUUCAAAGGUGUUCAUACAGUAGCAGCUAAACAGAAGACUGAAGCGUACCGCACUCUGCCUCUGAUGACUUUUCCACGUGUAGAAAGCCCACUGGAGACCCUCAGCGCACAGAACCACUCGGCAUCCAUGACGGAGGUCACAUGACUAAGGGGGCAGCACCGGGUCACGUUUGCGUCUCCACAGCACUUCCAGACACAAUGACGAGGACGCAUGCCACGUGACGCCGAAUGCUUACAAAAAACCCACUCCUGAUUUAUCUGUUAAAAUCACCUGGGGGACAGAAAACUCCAUGUUUGUUGCGGUUUUCAUUUAGCUUGGCCACGCUCUAUUUAACCAGCCAAGAUGCACAGAUCAGACCAAUGCAAAAGUAUCACAAAGCCAACUUGCUGUAAGCACAGGUCGUUUUUCCAGGACUUUGAAAUUUCUUUAAGACAUGGCACAUUUUUGUCCUCCAAGGUGUGCCAUUUGUAGUUAGAGGAUGGUGUUUUGUACAUUUUGUAUGAGCGAGUGGUGUCGCCUCUCCUGACAAAGUUAAACCUGCACACUUCCCAUCAGUUGACUCACUGUUUUACAUCACAUCCUGUCAGGUAACAUACCUCGUCGAUCACCACAUCCAUUCCACUCGGUCUUAAAAACUCUGGAAAAAAAGAAGUUGAUGUUGUUGUUCUGUGGUGUUUGUCAUUUGUACAGGAAAAAAAAAAAGACAGAAACCUUCUUUUUAUUAUCUCUCUGUACAUUAAUUGACCAUUAUGAGGUCUUAUUUUUUAAGGAUUUUUGUUAAUCUGUAUGACUACUAUGAUCCAUUUGGACCUGUUUGCCUGCUGUAAACCUGAAUAUGUUCUAGUAUCAGUUUAGGUGUUUUGGGAAGGAACUCUUCUACCCUUUGGAGGAAACGCGAGAACGAGUCGAUGGCACCCUUUGAGACAAAAAAUGGAAUUUGGCUUUAUCAGAUCAAAUAUUUGGUAAUGUCAAUAGUUGAGAUGUUUGCUAUAAGUGUCUUUCACCCCAGUUUCCUUAUUCACUCUGAUGCCGAUAACAUUAUCUCUACGCAGAAGUCCAGUGGGGCUAGCAAGUGUCGGAUGUACAUAAAUAUUCCACUGGAGUGGUUUUUAGAACCAAACAAUUUCAAUAAAAUGCAUUCUCAUAUUUUAGAAAGGAGAAAAUGAAACUGAAUGUAUGAGAAUAAUACGGGACCAAGCCAGCAUUUUCAAUGUCAACAAGGCCAGUGACUCCUGAUUCACUUUUCCUCCUUAAGGCAGCCCUUCCUUUCCCCAACCCACCUGUGGAUUGUGAUGCAAUGUUGUGACUCCAUUUCCUAUUGGAAGAUAUGCCCAGCAUGAAAAGAGAAGUUGAUAUGUUUUAUAAAUAUUACUCAUGAUCAUUGUGAUUAUGUCCUUUACUUUACGAACAAAAGAAGCUUUUCGUCAGAAAUGCUAAAUAUAUCUAUAUUUUUUUCUUUGUUGGUCAAGAAAAUUAAAUAGUCGGUAGCAACAAAGUGCUGUCUUGUGAUUUCAUUUUGUGCUGUACUUUCCACUUUUCAUAGAGAUUACAU